AUGAGUAUCGAUUUGAGUAUUGUGAUUGGUUUGCUGAACCAAAAAUGCCCUGCGGCUAAUGACCUGUCCAUUGCGACUAGGGAUGAAAAAAAGGCAGCGCAAAUUCUGAUGACCCUUUUGUUGGAAAUGAGGGACUCCGAUAUGGUUUCUAUGGACGAAGAGGAGGACACUGUUUACGAGCCGACUGGACAGGAGCCGGUUUUUUAG